UGUUAGUGAUUAGAGACUAGGGAGAGCAGAGGGGGUGGUGAGGUUGUGAAUUGUUGAGUGUUGCUUGUUUAUUUUUGUUCAAUCGAAGAGUUAUCGAAAAAAAACAUAAAGAGGGUUGUUUAUGGUCUUUAACUGAAACUACUUGGUUUUUGUACAAUAUAUAUUCUGCAAAAAUACGGUAUUUCGUUUAACAAUUAGCUCGAACUUUCAAUGGCAUCUUCGUUAAGAAAACCUAACGCAUCAGGAGCUAGAAAAAAAUCUUCAGGACCUAAGUACGAGUUAUCAGAAGAACAAAAAGCAGAUAUUAAAGAAGCAUUUAAUCUUUUUGAUAAAGAAGGGAAUGGAAAAAUUGAAACAAAAGAGUUGAAGGUUGCUAUACGUGCACUUGGUUUUGAGCCUAAAAAAGAAGAAAUCAAGAAAAUGCUAAGUGAGAUUGACAAAGAAGAAUCAGGAAUGAUAUCAUACGAAGAAUUUCUGUACCUUAUGACACAAAAGAUGACUGAAAAAGAUUCUAAAGAAGAAAUUAUGAAAGCUUUUAGGUUAUUUGAUGACGAUGAAACUGGAAAAAUUUCAUUUAAAAAUUUAAAGCGUGUUGCAAGGGAAUUAGGAGAGAAUCUCACUGAUGAAGAGCUUAGGGAAAUGAUAGAUGAAGCGGAUCGUGAUGGAGAUGGAGAGAUAAGUCAAGACGAGUUCCUGCGAAUCAUGAAAAAAACGAGUUUAUACUAAUGUUGCCUAGUUGUGACCUUUUUGUCAAUCUGUCUUCUGUAAGACAUUCUUUCACUGUGUUUCGUUACGCACAUUAUCUGUUUGUGAGUUAAGCAUUUAUAUUAAAUGUUGGUUUUACCUACGUUGUGAUAUUAGAACUUUUAUUUAUGUUGUUUCUUAUCGUUAAGUGUGUAGUUUUAUCUUAAGAGACAUUGUAAUUGCACACCAUAUUUGUUUAAUUAUGUGAACUUUAUUUAUUCCUUUCAUUAAGUUAAGGGUCAUGCAUGCUUUGUUCCUUUACCAGUUUGUUUGUUGAAAAUAAUUUCAAAUUGAAUUUGUGAAGUUGAAAAAUGUUGUGUAUCUCACCAGAAUAAAAUGUAUUCCUUAGUAAUAUUUUGCAAUUAAAUCAAUUAAGCAUUAUUUCUGAGUAAAAUGUAACUCUCACAAUUGUUUUACUGCAUUGUGAUAUUUCAAUUUCAAAGGCUAAAAUCAAUACCCAAGUGUUCUGACCAGAAAAUCAUAAUUUACCCCUUAAAGCGCGGCUUACGAUAUAUCCGUAUCAUCGGAAUUGUGGUAAAUGCAAUAUACAGGAAUAUCUGAAUUGUCUUAUUUUAGUUUAUUGUAUACGUUAUAAUUCACGAAAAUGUUGUGAAUGUUUAGGAAUACUUAAAUGUAUCGAUUUAUGACUGUCGGAAAGGAAAUUGAAUUGUUUGUUGUAUAAAAAUGAACAUAAAACCAGUGCUAUCUUUCGUCAAUGUUUUGUCUUACAAUGUGAGGUGUGGCAUGUGGAUAGCACUCAUGUAUACAGUGUAUAUUGUACGUGUAAAACAGGUUGAGCUUUUUAAAAACAAUUUGUUUAUUAUUUCUUAAAAACAGAUUUUUAAAAAUCUCUAAAUGCACACUAAUAGAACCGAGGCCAUAUUUUCAGUGCUUUUGGGGUUAGCCUAUCUGAUGUCUAAGUUGGUCAGUUAAGGAGAUUUGUUAUUUAUUAGAAAAUAUUGCAAAUUCUGGAAGUAUUUUUAAAUGGGAAGAAAUCAACCCACCCCAUCUCUAUAAUAGGUCUCUGAAUUAUUUAUUUUCAGUACAGAAAGGACCUAAUACACUUAACAUGUGGACUUAAAUAAAAUUAAUGAUUUGUAAGAUAUACCUUUGGACAUAUGAAAAUGUACUUUUAAUUAUUAUUAGUGACCCAUUACAUUUUUUGAUGUUGUUUGGCAGUUUGAGUUAAAAAGACAGUGUAUUAAAAUAUUUUUUUAUAUGUAUAUUUUUUCAGUUAUGUAAUUUAUGCCUUUUCUAAACUUUCAAUCAAUUUAGUCUGUUGCCUGUAGUAACCCAGUUAUAGGCUUAGAGAUGAUACCACCAAAACUAAAACUAAAUGUCUAACGUAGCAACAUCAACUGGUGACAAUAUUGCUGUUAUUGUAAACCUGAUCUAAUUGUCAAUUACUGUGGAAAAGCUCCUUUACCUUUUUUAUGUUUAUAGGUUAACAAUUAAGGUUUCUUCAGUUCAGCAUAAUGAACUGAUAAAAAGCAUAUGUCACAAUAUGGUUCAGUUCCCCAAUAACAAUGCGAGAUCACUUCAUUUAGCUUAGUAGCCAUUUAGGGUGGCUGUACCAUAUGGUAUGCCAUUAUUAUUUUGCUGGUACUUGGAAGGAAAAUAUCAAUUUCCAGUGAUAUGCUAUUAUUGUCUCGUAUAAAUUAAACUACCAAUGGCAAAAUUUUCUUUGAUCAAUAAUGUAAAAUAGAGAAAGUGACCAAAAGUUGGUUGUGGAAUUGUUACAUUUUAUAUUCAAGUGGAUUACUUUGUAACUACUUGAAUUGUGAGUCAAGUAGUAAAAUUUAACAACAUAUUUGACUAUCCUGAAAGCUUCUAUGUAUAAAACAUUGUCAAUGUAACUGAAGAAACAUUUAAAAGAAUUCAAAAAUAAAAAGAGCUAAUUAAGCAAAAUACUCUAGUGACAAAAAUACAUAUUUGACCUAAAUAUUUUUUUAAUUUGAAAUUAAAAUGUAUUUUGUAUUUUAACAAUCAUUUUAUGAAACUCCCAAAUCUAAUUACUUUUUCUGAUACAUCAUAAAUAUUCAUUGUGAUUAAAAUUAUUUAUAAAGAAGGCUGUCCUUACUGCCAUGUCAUGCUUUUACUGUACCUUAAACAUCCAUCUCAUUGCUUGAAUUGUAAUUGUAUACAUUUGUAUCAUAUUCAUAUUAUACAUCUUGAGGAAGUGUCAUGUUGCAUUUAGUUAGCAACAUUUGGGUUACCACGGUUUUUAGCUCCAAGCCAAAUGUUGCGUCUGAAUCUGACGGCUGUGGCUCUCCCAGUAUGGACUAAUAUUGGUCAGAUGUAUGAAUUUUUCGCUCUGUUUUAAUAUGUUCUUAAUAAAUCAGUACAAAACAACACAUUUUACCUUUAUUGUUAGUGAAGACUAUGAUUGGAGACUUUACGGUGUUAAAACUUGUUUUUCGUAAUACAUUUUAUCAGUAUAUUUUAUUAUAAAUAAAAAUACAAAUACCAAGAUUUCUUUUUACUUUAAAACUAAACAUUAUAUGUAAAGUAGAUAUGAAUAUGCCGGUUCUAGACUACUUUUGGGACAGAUAGUAAACCAAUGUAAAAUCUCUGUACAAACAUAAAACAUAAAAAGUUUACACAACAAUUUAUGUAAAAAUAUGAAAUAAACGUGAAUUUCACGUUUGUACAGAGAUUUUAUAUUGGUUUACUGUCUGUCCCAAAAAGUGGCAUAGAACCGGCAUUUAAGUGUUUAAUAUGUACUUAUAUAUAAAAUAUUACCGCCAUCAAACUUGUAGGAACGAUAGGAACUCAGUACCUACAGUGCUGGCUGCCUCGGGUUGAAUAACUAAGGAACAUGAAGUAUAUAAACCUUACUUAAAAUUUUUACUGUAUACAAAUAUAUUGAAAAAAUUUGAAUUCAAUUUUGAGUAUUUUUCUGCAGCACUGAUCAAACUGAGGUAAUGGAGCUUUUCUUGUUGGUGCCAAUGUUUAGAAUAGUUCUUCAACACAGCUUUAUACACUGGACACUCUGCGUACGGUGAUACUGAUCCUUGUACUUAACAAUCAUGUUCAUAGAGAGUAAUAUCCAGGGAAUAGUUGUUGUCAUUGAUGUCAAACUAACAUGUAACGUCCCAUGGCCUAAAUGUAACAUGCUUUAAAACUGGCUUUAAACACCCUUUUAAUAUAGGUGUCAGGUUCACUUAGUUUGCGUUAAGGUCGAUUUAUAAAUAAAAAUAUAUGAUUAAUAUUUUACUAUAGAAGUAAAUUCAGUAUUUUUAAAUGUAGUAAAAUUACCAUUUAAGAGUUUUUCAAAAUACAUUAGUAUGUAUGUGGAGGAUUAGUUUUAAUAUUAUUUGGUGCUAUACAGUUCUAUUAAGUAUCAUAACAUUUUAAAAGUUAAAUAUUUGCUAUUUCAAGUUAAUUUUGAGAAUCACAUAUUAUUAAUUCCUAGCCAAUUAUUUUACGAUUGGUGCUAUUAAAUUUUCUGUUUGAUUGCCACUAUGCGUAAUAAAUUUAUCUGUUUUAACAUGUUUGUUGUUUACAUAUUACAUUUUGAAAUAACAAUUAUUUAUUAAAAAUAAAUUAAUCAAUAAUUGAAAUUACUAAAGGAGUGCCAAAUUAAAUUGGCCGUCACUUUGUGUUGGAGCAAAAUAUAAAAUGGCAAUCAUUAUUAUAUGUAUUUUGGUAACAAGUUUAGAAAUUUUGGAUUUUUUUAAUGAUUGAAUGUGCUUUAUGUGAGAAUUACUUAUUCAAAAUUAUUAAUGGCACAAGUUUUCUUCUUCCUUCCUUCCAUAUUAUUAGAAACUAGUUUUACUGUUUAAAAGAUUCAUAAGAAACUUUUAGUGGCCAGAUUAAAUUUCAUCAUUUUCUUUACUGAAAACAGAUGGGAUUAGAUAUUUUUAUCACUUUCCAUAUUUCUCAAACAAAAUCAUAAUACUUUGGCUAUUUCAUAAAUAUAAUUCAAUACCAGAGGUUGGGUAUAACAAAAAUAUUUAGAUAAAUAACUGAAAAAUGUAUGUAGACUUAGUAACUCUGUUAACUUAAAAUCAUUGAUUGUAAAUGUACAGUUAAGAAUGAUGUGUGUUUUAUGAGCUAAUAAAAAGAAUCCAUUUAAGUUAUAAAACUAUAUACGAAUUAUAAUUUUAAUGUGCAUGGGAUGCAUUAGUUUGGUGGUAAUUCAAGAUUAUUUACUUUCCUGUGUGUAAUUUAUUUUUAUUAUGCAUCUCUUUAAAUGUAUUAUAAAAUGUAGAUGUGUGAAAGGCUCUUGUCAAAAAUUAAUUUUCAAAUUAACCAGUGUUGUAUUUUAUUUAGCGCUGUAAUAUCAUGUUUGUAAUGUGUUAUGUCAUUUAUGUUUAUACAGGAAAUUUAAUUCAAAAGUAUACACUAUUUGUACAAAAGUACAAUUUUUAUAACUUUAGACUUGGCUAUAGACUGUACUUGAUGUGGACUGGACUGGUCUUUGAAUAUACUGUACAAUGGGGUUAUGGUAAUUCAAUGAUUUGUUUGCCUGAGGUGGUCAGAUUAUGGAGUAGGUUGUAUUAUCAAGGAUUCAUUAAAAAGACAAAAGUCUACAAAUGUAAUACUGUAAUAACAUGUAAUAUGAUUUAUGUUAAAAAGUAAAAUUUUAAUCACUAUGGGAGUAAUUAAUUAUUGAUUACAACAGGUAUGUUGUAAACAAACAACUUAAUAAAUAACAGAGAAAAAUAAAAUUUGAAUUUUAGUUUUCUGAUCUGAUUCUGUAUUUUUUACGGAAAAUAUCUUUCUCAUAUCUGAAAGGUUAUUUUCAUCUGUUAAUGCCAAUAAGAGUGUUGAAUUCCUCUUAUACCACUGGAUACUUGAACAUUAAGGAAUCUUAUUUCAAAUCUUAUCUUCUUGUAAAUUGUCUACCCAUCCUUUUCUGGCACAGAAAUUGUCUUUAUCCAUAAUAUUAUUGGUUAAAAGAACUGCCUCUCGGCAAUAAACCAAUUAAAAUUUGUUUUGCGCUUUUAUACAAAUCAUGCUCAGGGUUUUCUGCUGUGUUUAACAUUUUCAUCAUCAGGACUUGAUUUUAUACAAGCACAAAAUGAUAAGUUGAUGUAAUGUCGGUGAUAGUGAUCUUUCUUGUUCUCUUUAUCUAUAACUAUUGUACACUUGUUUUUCAAGGAUAAAGUAUGUUUCCUUUUUGAUUUUUUAAAACAAAUGGUCUUUGGACCAUAAAGCAAAUAUGAUAAAGUAUAUACAUGCUCAAAAUUUGCACAUUUUUAAAGUACACAAUGAAAUGGUUUGGUACAUACCAACAUGUUGCAUUGAGGUUAUGAUUCCAGAAAACCCUUAAUAAUCUAUCAAAAUCACCUAAUCUACCAUUUCUUUGUGCCCAAGUGUACUAUUUUAAAACUGGACCAAAAAUAACUGAAUUUGGAACAUCUGAAAAUCAAAAUAUAUCAUUUGAGCUAAACAAUAAAAAAAGUUUAUAAACAUCAACACAAUUUGCUCAAAAAACUGAUUUUGUAAGCAUUUACUUAUUUUUAGCACUGUACCGGGUUUCAUUUAUUUUUGUUAUACUAAUAGAGUUUAGUACACCCGUAGAGCUAUGUUCUGUACAGAUAAACUAAUCCUAACAUACAUUUCCAUAGAAAUAAGUUUGGAAAACCAAACAUAUCAUAGGUUUAGUUUUGUUCAAUUUUAGUCUCAAAAAAGCAUUUAUAAGUUAUUAUAUGUAAUGUAUCUAUUUCCCAAGAAUGCUCAACAAAAGGAAACCUAUUUUGUCUUGGUGUUUUAUGAGAUUUGUUGCACAUAUGUUUCAUAUAUUUUGAAAUAAAAAUAUUUAUUCAUUGA